AAGACCUGAAGCACCUCUGAGCUCCGACCUCCAGUUCUCCUCCACCGGCACGCUCCGCAUUGCACCUGGCCCACCUUUUCAUCCCACCCACCUGCUUCUCGGUUCAGGGGUGUUCUGGGUGGCUGCAACCUACCGGUCGAUUCAACAGACUGCCCCCUGCUCCUGCUCCUCCUCCUCGUCCUCCUCCUCCUCCCCGCUCUGGCUCUCGUCUCCUCUUCCAGUCGGGGCGCCCAGACUUGCAGAGCAGCGCCUGCCGCCCGGCGCGCCGCGCGCCCCGCUCCGGGCCCCGUCUCCCCGCAGCCCGAGGGCACCACGCGGGCAAAGGGCGCCCGAGGAGCUGGCACUCCGCUUCUGCGUGCCCAGGAGCCGGGUGCCCUGAGACGCAGCGCAUCGGUCAAGCUCGGGAGGAAGAGGAGCGGUUCAGAGUGAGACUUCUGGAUGCACGGGACGCCGGGGUUCGUCCAUUGCGCGGUAUCUGCGCGCACCUCCACAAGGAACCUUCCAUUCAGAAGAAAUGCUGUAGCGCUUCCCUUUACCCACACAGAAUGGAACCCAAGAGAUGACACAGCUGAAGAAAUUACAGCCUCCUUACAAAUGAGAGACAUUCGAGUCUACGUAGUUUCCAGCUGAAGGAAAAACAACCAGCAGCCUCUCUAUACUGUCGAUUAGGACAGGGGAAAAUGAACAUCACUAACUGCACCACAGAAGCCAGUGUGGCUGUGAGACCCAAGACCAUCACUGAGAAGAUGCUCAUCUCCAUGGCUCUGGUGAUCAUCACCACCCUGACCAUGCUGCUGAACUUGGCCGUGAUCAUGGCCAUCUGUACCACCAAGAAGCUCCACCAGCCUGCCAACUACCUGAUAUGCUCUUUAGCCGUGACGGACCUCUUGGUGGCCGUGCUCGUCAUGCCCCUGAGCAUCAUGUACAUCGUCAUGGACAGCUGGAGGCUGGGAUACUUCAUCUGUGAGGUGUGGCUGAGCGUGGACAUGACCUGCUGCACCUGCUCCAUCCUUCAUCUCUGUGUGAUUGCCCUGGACAGGUACUGGGCCAUCACCAAUGCUAUCGAGUAUGCCAGGAAGAGGACCGCCAAGAGGGCCGGACUGAUGAUCCUCACCGUCUGGACCAUCUCCAUCUUCAUCUCCAUGCCUCCUCUGUUCUGGAGGAGCCACCGCCAACUCAGCCCACCCCCAAGCCAGUGCGCCAUUCAGCACGACCACGUCAUCUACACCAUCUACUCCACACUUGGGGCAUUUUACAUCCCCUUGACUUUGAUACUGAUUCUCUAUUACCGGAUUUACCAUGCAGCCAAGAGCCUGUACCAGAAAAGAGGAUCAAGCAGGCACUUAAGCAACAGAAGCACAGAUAGCCAAAAUUCAUUUGCAAGUUGUAAAUUGACACAGACCUUCUGUGUGUCUGACUUCUCCACCUCAGACCCUACCACAGAAUUUGAAAAGAUCCACACCUCCAUCAGGAUCCCUCCUUUUGACAAUGACCUAGAUCACCCAGGAGAACGCCAGCAGAUCUCUAGUACCAGGGAGCGCAAGGCAGCUCGCAUCCUGGGGCUGAUUUUGGGUGCGUUCAUCUUGUCCUGGCUGCCAUUUUUCAUCAAAGAGCUGAUUGUAGGUCUGAGCAUCUACACCGUAUCCUCUGAAGUGGCCGAUUUUUUGACAUGGCUCGGUUAUGUUAAUUCUCUGAUCAACCCUCUACUCUACACAAGUUUUAAUGAAGACUUUAAGCUGGCUUUUAAAAAGCUUAUUAGGUGCCGAGAACAUAUUUAGAUUGUAGAAAGCCAGAAGCCAUGACUUUUACCAGCCUCGUGAGUGCACGGGGGUAGGGGUGCAUCUUAUAAAUUCUUGAACACAGUUGGUUCAGGAGAGUUUGUAAGUAUGUGUCGUCUUAGUUUUUGUUUGGUUGGUUUUUUUCAUUUAGUUUGAGUCUUGUCAUUUGGUGUGUUUUCUACCUCUGGUCUUAUUUGUGGUACAUAAUUUCAAAUAAACACUCAUAC